GACCAUUUUUUGUGGAGGACGCUCAUGACUCAUGUAAUCAAACGAUUCAUGGUCAGUGUUAGUGAUCAGUGAGUCUGUGCUCAUCUGAUUAAUUAGUGUCCGGUCAUUCGCAGCAGUCAGUCAUGAAUCGCGCGCUCUUCGUGGUGUGCCUUGCGCUCAUCGCUGCUCACAGCGUCCCGCUGUCGGUUCCGCCACAUGAGGAGGUCGCUCGGAUGGCUCGGUUUGUGGUCAAUAAGUGUGACUGGGCUUCAAUGGCGACGAUCUCUACUCACGACCCGGUCAGAGGACAGCCGUUCUCCAACGCCUUCUCCAUCAGCGACGGGCCCGCGGGCAACGGAACCGGGACACCCUACAUGUACCUCACACACAUGGAGAUUUCAGUUCAGGACCUGCAGGUGAAUCCGCAGGCAUCUCUGUCUGUGUCUCUGGCUCAGACCAGCUACUGUAAGAAUCAUGGAUUCGAUCCUCAGAGUCCGCUGUGUGCCCACAUCAUCCUGUCCGGCUCCAUUGUCGAGGUGAACGGCAGCGAGGCGUCAGUGGCUAAAGCCGCUGUGUUCAGCAGACAUCCAGAGAUGAUCGACUGGCCCACUGACCACAACUGGUUCUUUGCCAAGAUGUAUAUCACACAGGUUUGGGUGCUCGAUUACUUCGGUGGAGUAAAAACUGUGACACCUCAGGAGUAUUACAGAGCCACUCCAUGAUGGAAACAUUCCGGAAGUGACACAGUAAUCUUGAUGAACUGGAUCAAAGUCGCUGAUGGAACGGUUCAGAAGAGACUCAAAUUGAUGAAUGUUUCUCAUGUUGAUGCUGUUUGAAUCUUGUAGCAUUGUGAUGUGUGUGUGAGACAUAUAAACCACGUUGUUAAUCUCUCUAUAAAAUUCAUGGAACAUGAUAUGAAAAUCUAGUGACAUCGUUUUUGUAAGCAUUUUGUAAAAUGCUUAAGAAACAUUUUUGCAGGUUUGCACAUGCUUUUUCAUUUGAAUGUUUGCAGAUUCUCACCAAAUACAAAUGCAUUGCUACAUGUUGAUUUAAAUCUAAGGAAAGUCUUGUGAGAUUCACAUAUCACCUAUAGAUGUUUAAUUUGGCUCUAACCUCUGAUCUUUGCAGGAAACAUGAAUGUCACAUGAUGUUUUGCAUCUAGGCUCAUUUUGCCAAUAUUUUAUAAUCAAUCUGUGUUUUUAAACACAGCUGAAACCUUCCAGCUCUAUAAAAUCAAGAGAUGUCAGUCCAACGUUAUUUACCCAGAGUAAUUAUUUUUCUAAUGCUGAUGUAUAUUUUAGAUGUGCAUAUUAAGUAUCUGGUUGUCAUAUUGCAGUGUGUGCAGUGAAAUAAAGAUCACAUUUUUGAUCUCA